AUGAUAGCCUUGGGGUCUCAGACCGACGGCUCACAGACCCUAAAACAGGCUGUGGGGGAAGCACCGUCUUCUAGGGUCGUAGCCAAACCAGUUCCGACGUCCCAGGCAGACGACCCUCGCGGUUAUCAGGUCGAGCAGCUUCGACGACGAUUCUCCCCAAACGAGUCCACUACUGACGCUGGAACCACGUCUCUGGUGUUCAAGUUGAAGCCGUCGGAUCCUGACUUUCCCUUUGAACUGACCCAUCUGGAGUGCGAUGUGCGUGUCCCUGCCAACUACCCGGAUGAAAGACCGGAACUGCGUGUGAAGAACAGCAAUAUCCCAUGGGGGUUUCGCAUCAAUAUCGAAAGGGGUUGGGACAGACUGGCCAUGGAGAGGAAGGGGGCCACUAUCCUGUCGAUUGUAAAUGCUCUGGAUAAAAACUUGGAAAAAUUCCUCUCCGAGGAGAAGGCGGACACGGUCAAGCUGGUCGCCUUCAAGGACGCAAGGCACCCAGACGCUGCCGCCUCCGUCACGAAGCCGGAACCAAGUUUCGCACCAACUAAGCCAGUCAGCAUAACGCCAUCUGCAAGACCUCAUAUGCCUGAGGAGUCAUACUCAAAGCGGCAGAUUGCAGAGGCCAAGGCAAGGAGGGCGCAGGAAGUUCGCCAACUGGAGGCACGCAUGGGGAGGCUACCCGGGUUUCGACGCUCCGCAGAUGGCAUUGUGUUUACGUUGCCGAUUGAGCCCAAGAGGAGGAAUGAGCUGCCCCCCGGGCUUGGCCCAGUCAACAGUUUGCACCUCAUUGUCCCGCUGUUGUACCCGCUGCAGGACGUCAGAAUCCAGCUCAACGAGGUUAAUGACGUUGAGGCGGAGGCACUUGAGGCAUUGUUCGCGGUCAAGGCAGCAGAGCAGAAGUCCAUGUCUCUGAUGAGCCACGUGAACUAUCUUGUUCAGAAUCUACACGCCCUAGCCAAGCAGGCCCAAGUGAUGGCGCAAAGGGCUGCGGCUCAGGAGCAGGAAGAGGCGGGAAAGGCUACGACAAUCGACGAGGAGACAUUUGUCACUGGACCAUCCGGCGUAAGUGUAACUGGCAAGGAUGGAAGCCACAUCAAAGUUAUAGCGCGACCGCCCGAAUGGGAUUCUGCAGGAUACGAUGACGAGGAUUCAGACAGCACAUGGGAUGGAGAUGGCGGCGUUGCCCUACUGCGAGAGGCUGAUGCGGAGCCGGACCCAGCACCGGCACAGGUCAGCCAAGCCAGAGAGCGAGGGACCAUGAUGUCCUUGCCGUCGGUGGAGCUACACGGCGUCGAGGUGCUGCAGGUGUCCAUUCUCGGCAUCAGCGUGAAAUGCGAACGGUGCAAAACGGUCAACGACAUGACGGGCCUGAAGCCAGGCAUGGACAAGACGACAAGCUGUAAAAAGUGCGGCACGACGCUCACGGCCAGGUUCAACCAGACGCUCAUUCACGAGGGCUCGACGCGUGCAGGCUUCAUCGACCUGUCGGGGUGCAAAGUCGCAGACAUGCUCCCCAGCACCUUGAUCCCAACGUGCGCGCGCUGCUCAACCGCCAGCCAGGGACUGGUUUCGGUCAGGGGUGAGAGCGUCACCAACGUGUGCCGGUCGUGCCACGGCAUGUUCACGUUCAAGAUUCCGCAGGUCAAGUUCGUCUUUAUAUCGCCGGGGUCGCCGGCGCCGGCGACGACAGCAGCCGGGGCGCGGCGAAGGACGGAGAAACUCGGGCUGCAUGCCGGGGAAGCGCUCCCCGACCAGGGCGCCUGCGCUCACUACCGAAAGUCGUUCCGUUGGUUCCGGUUCUCGUGCUGCAAUCGCGUGCAUGCGUGCGACAAGUGCCAUGACGACGCCGAGGACCACGUCAACGAGUGGGCGAAGCGCAUGAUAUGCGGUUGGUGCAGCCGCGAGCAGAAGUACAUGGCGGAGGCAUGCGGUUUCUGCGGACGCAGCGUGAUUGGGAGGAAGGGCAAAGGAUUCUGGGAGGGCGGCAAGGGGACAAGAGAUCAGAGGACCAUGAGCCGCAAGGACCCAAGAAAGUACAAGCGGCUUGGGGACGUCAACUAG